UUUGUUUCUCUGCCCAUUACAAAUGAAAAGAUUCUCUAAAGCAUCCGGAUUUUUCAAGAUAGUGUUAUACAGAAGUAUGGCAGAUUCUCUUCAGUGAUGAAAACGAAGGGCUCAUUUCACAUUACACUGUGUCUGAUGCAAAUAACCAGAGAAGAAGAUGUGAGCAUAGCGAUUGAUGCACUUUUGGAGAGUAAGGCGAAGAUUGAGCACAUUCUGCAGGGAAAAGACUUGGUCCUUCAGUUCCCUGGUGUAUCUGAUUUUAAUAGUCAAGUUGUCUUUGCAAAGAUAGCUGAAGAUGCUUCCAAAGCUAAGCUUAAAGAAAUUACUGAUACUUUAAAAAACACAUUCAAAGACAAAGAGCUUUUUAAAGUGGUAAACAAAAGCUCUAUACCACAUUUGACGCUCAUGAAGAUGGAAAGUGCACCAGACUUACAAGAGCAGGGAAUAGUGAUUUACCCUAGUUUGUACAGAACCUUCAGGAAACAUCAUUUUGGAGACCAAACAGUGUCGAGACUUGAUCUUUGCUCAAUGGAUAAGGAAAGACAGCCUGAUGGAUACUACCACACUGAGGCUACUGUAUUCAUUGAUUGAUCAUCUGUUACUAACAGCUGAAUAUUAUAGCCUUAUGGGUUCCUG